AUGCGAGAGACGGACUGGAAAGCUGAGGCCCGGCUCACGGUUCGGCGUGCCGUGCCAACGCAGAAGCGAAUCCCCGUUGUGAGCUCAGAAGCCUGCAAGCCAUGGAAGCCAUUACGGCAGUUUCUCCUGUGGAAGGUCGUCAAUCUGGCUGGCCAGAAGAUCGGUGUCGGCCUUACAUUAGCCUCCGAGAAGGAAGAGCUGCAGCUGCGAACGUUUAGCCGAGAAACGGCCAACUACUGCGUCCACCAGGCGCACACGAUCUACAAGUACCAGCAGCUGCCCUUUACGGCAUUCAUCAAGCGUCGAAGCGACAUGAAGAAAGGAAAGAAGCUUUGGAAGAACAAAGGCGUAGGCAAAGCCCGCAUGGGCACAAUAUACAGCCCCCUCUGGGGCAAGUCGGCGACCAACAAGAAUCGGCACGGCCUGGACGACCGCAAGAAGAAGUUCCUUCCUAGGUUGUUCCACUGCAAGGCCAUCUCCACCGUUUUGCAAAGCAAGUGGAGGUGCAUGAAAAUCGUGGAGGGCUUGGAGGACCACUUUGAGGAGCCCCGGUAUUACGAGCUGAGCGACAUGGUGAAAGCCUGGACUGGCAUGAAACCGGGCAUCAAGCAGACGCUGAUGAUCACUCGCAGCGGCUAUGGUGAGGAGCACAAGUAUUGGUGCCUUCCGACCAAGGCGAGCUUCAGGAGUCCGCUGUACAUGGCCGGGCGCCUGAUUGAGAAUUUCUCCAUGCGACGCCCUCGCGAUAUGGAUCCGGACAGCGACGGGCUGCACCAAGCCUUGCUGGGCAGAAGAGUCAUCAUCUCCCGCGAGGCCUUCUUCGAUCUUAAGGCGAAGUUCGAUGCACAUAAUGGGUGGGCUUUCAAGAGCCCCAAGAAGAUCCUGGUCGAGCAGAUGCAGGAUCUGGUGAAGGAGUACCCCUACGACCGCGAGGCAGAGUUCGAGGCUGCGCGCGAGGUGCCGAAGAAGCUGGCAGAACGCGAGUUCUGGGCCAAGAAGGGGCUCUUUAUCGUUGAAGCGAUUACCUCUGCGGUCCUGGGAAAGAAAGAGCAAAACAAGCCGGCUAGUGAGUUCUCGGCAGUGCCUAUCUGCGGAUUUCGGGCUUUUGGUCAUCCUGUGCUCAUCGUGACCACCGUGAUUGCAAAGCGCGGCGCCCGCGCCUCGUCCUGGCGGCUCUGGCCGCAGCGGCGCUGGUGGUGGCCAGGGAACCUGGGUCUCAUCGGGCUUUGCCAGCUGUCCAAAGCUGAGUCCACGAGCAGCAGCCAUGUGGACUAUCGCAUAAUUCUCGAUAUUUGCCGGAUACCUCGCUCCGAGGCUUUGCCUUUGCGGGUGGCCGCCCUGCGCUCUCCCCAGCGAAGGCCUCAGCUCUUCUCGCUCGAGCAGGUAGUGGACGUGGAUGUGGAGGAUGAAGAGGAUGAAGAGGAGCUGUCGAUUUCUGAGGAAGCUCAAUUGCUAUCAAUUGCUGUGACGGCUGUUGUGAUCUUUGCCUCUGCGGAACUUUGGUUCAGCAUCUCUUGGUACAACAAAACCAAGUACAAAGUCUUCUCCGACGGGAUGUAUGAAAUAGCCAAGACCGGCGAGACGGGCGAGUGGAGCAAGUAUUUCAAGAUGCCACAGAGCGAGGUGGAGAGGAGGAAGCCGAAGCUCAUGUUCGAGUACUUCAAGAAGAUCCGGAAGUGGCGAAGGAAGAUGGGCAUGUGCCGCUACCCUAACGGCCACCUCAAGUUCAUCGUCAUGAUGAAGGACCAUCCCUUCACCCGCGAGAUCUACGGGGAUAAGUACGCAGAUACGCCAAAGUGGAUCUACAACAAGGGCGAGGUGAAGCGAAAGGAGAUGGUCAAGCGCGCCCGCAAGCUGGAGUUGAUGCUCCGACGAGAGGACGAGGAGAGGCGCUUGGACAGGCUGCGGGAGAUGGGUGUCUGGACGGGCGAGCCAAGCUGGCACCGAGAUGCGGAGAGAGACAUGCGCUGGCGCCCACGUCAUGCGAAGGGGGCCUGGCGCUAG